AUGAACUUUGAUCACCAGCACCCAGCCUCGGGCGGCUACCACCAUCUGGCCUCUGGUCCCUAUAGCCAUGUCCCUCCGCCUCAGCAACAACAGCAGCAGCAGCAGCAGCAACAACAACACCACCACCACCACCACCAGGCUGCUUCUCAACACCACACUCAACACCACCCGCAUCCCUCCAAUCAGAUGCCACAGCUCCCUCCUAUGGGAUAUCCAGCACCCGUGUCGAUGUCUUCGAACGCGACUAUGCCUCCCAGCGGUAUGCCUCCUUCACAUCGCCAGUCCGCCACGCCCGCCGCGCCCGCCGCCGCCCCAGCCCAGCAGAACGCUGCACUGGCUUCCAUGUCGAAAACCGAUUCGAGGGGUAGAUCAUACGAGCUCGUCGUUGUGCAGCAGCCCCAGCGAGCGCGCAUGUGCGGCUUCGGCGACAAGGACCGACGACCCAUCACUCCCCCUCCAUGCAUUAAGGUCAUCGUAAGAGACGCCAAGACUGGACAGGAGAUCAACCACAACGAUAUCGAAUCAAAAUUCUUCGUGAUCCAGGUUGAUUUGUGUUCAGAGGACGGUACUUCAGAGGUGAACCUUGUGAGGCACUCGUCCAACACUGCCUCGAUAUCGACCACACAGCCCUUUUCGUAUUCAACCUUGCGGGAUGAGGGCCUGCCGCAGGCACAGCAGAUGCAGGCCUAUUCCCAGAUGAUGCCCGGUUACGCCGCUGCGCCUAUGGGCUACGGCCAGCACCAGCCGCCACCGCAGCAACAGCAGCAACAGCAGCAGCACAUGAUGCCGGGUUAUGGCAUGGCUUCCGGAUCUGGCUACCAGCGUAUGUUGUCCAUUGCGAGAGUAGGCGCGCAACACGGCCAAAAUAUUUUACUGACCAAAAGCGCAGCGACCUACCAGUCAUCAAACUCCCAGUUUGCACCUCCGACCCAGUACUACCCCCAGCACGCCAACCCGGCGCCUGUGCCCUCUCAGGCGGACAUGGCCUACGGUGGCCCUCGCCAGUCGCUGUCCAUGCCCGCCAACCAGCCGCAGGGCAUGUUCACCAGAAACCUAAUUGGAAGCACGGCAUCAAGCGCCUUCCAGCUGAACGACGUCGCCGACCAACUCGGAACCUGGUUCAUCAUGCAGGAUCUGAGCGUGAGGACCGAAGGUCGCUUCAGGUUGCGUUUCUCGUUCGUCAACGUGGCGAGACCUCCCGACCAACCCUCGACGGACGGUUCGAGUGUGAACCACGGCAGUGCCCCGAUACUCGCAUCCGUCUUCAGUGACGUGUUUCAGGUCUUCUCGGCCAAGAAGUUUCCCGGCGUCUGUGAGAGCACGCCCCUGAGCAAGUGCUUCGCGACGCAAGGUAUCAAGAUCCCCAUCCGGAAAGAGGGCGCCGGCGACGGCAAGAAGGGCGGCGAGGACGAUGAUGAUUAUUAA